UGGGUAAAGGUGUGUACAGAGCAGUAGCAGUGAGCAGAGCGUGGUGCCGUGGGUGAUUUGGUGCCGUGUGGCGGUCGGUGGUGUCGGGGAGAGAGAGAGAGAGAGAGGAAGAAGGCAAAAGGGCCCCGGUGGUAAACGGAGAAUUUGCUGACACAGCUCGGCCGACUCUUGCUGGUUGGAGCUAGCUGGUGCCUAGCUGUGGAGCCGACUUUGUUGUGUUGGAGCUAGCUGGUUUAGUUGAGGAGCCAGUUGACAACAAAAACAGGAGGUUUGACAUCUUGAACUGGGGAAAUUCUGCUGGUUGUUGAUGCUGGGGUAGUACGUGGAAGGUGAGAAAAAGAGUUUCAACUUGCCGUGAUCUUUGAGCAUCAAACAUGCCGUAAAAAAAUUCCAGUCAGCAUUUUUCACCUCAUCAAAAUUAAAACAGAUCUACUCUUGACAGUUUUGACAGGAAAGGAACUUCUUUUUGCUUGGACGUACGUGAAUACCCACAUUAUUAUAACUUUUCUCUAUAAUUGACAUUUACCCAUCAUGUUGAAGAUGACUACCACCAGCUCUUACUAUCACUGCCUCAUGAUCUCACUCCUAGUAUGCAUGACCCUCCAGGAUGGAGUUGAUGUUGGCGCCCCCGCACCACGAGCGUUGGACCGAGGGCCAGACUCGAUGGAAACCAUCAUUGAGCAGAAUGAAGAACUAUUUGAAGAAAUUGCUGAGGGGAAAUUGGAUCCAUUUAUUACUGACAGCGAUAUAUACGACCCGACAGUCAGCGAAAGAAGGACAAAACGUAACGCCAUUACAGACAGGAGGAGACUCUGGCCAGGUGGCGUGGUUCCAUUCGUCAUAGACGGCUACUUCUCAAGUGACGACAGAAUGUACAUUUUAUCAGCAAUGCACCGCUUCCACGAGAAGACGUGUAUCAAAUUCCGGCCUAGGACAAUAGAAAGAGACUACAUCAGCGUCACGGAGGGUGAUGGGUGCUGGUCGAUGAUUGGUCGACGAGGAGGACGUCAGACCGUCUCUCUUGGCGGGACGUGUAAGAGUAGCCGUGGUACAAUUAUUCAUGAGCUAAUGCACGCCCUCGGCUUCAGACAUGAACACAACAGACCGGACCGUGACAACUACGUGGUGCUCUACUGGGACAACAUCGACCAAAAGAUGUGGAGUAACUUUGCCAAGUAUUCACGACGAGACGUCACGUUACUAGACACGGGCUAUGACUAUCUCUCACUCAUGCACUACCCAACCUAUGCAUUCAGUAAGAAUGGAGGCCAGACUAUCGGACCACGUUAUGCGACCUACGAGGAACCCGGGACCAGAAAUGACUUCAGUUACGUGGACGUGUACAGGAUUACAGCACUGUAUAGAUGUGGAGCGUGUUACGACACUGACAAGGAGAAUUGUCCAACAUGGGCCAUCAUGGGAGAAUGUCGUCGCAGCAGCGUGUGGAUGCAUAAAUACUGUCCCUACAGCUGUGAAACAUGCAAUAAGGCAGACUACGGAGGUGGAGAUUGCAGGGAUUACUCAAACGGUUGCGAAGAGUGGUCUUCAACCGGUGAGUGUGAUCGGAACCCUGACUUCAUGAGUUAUAACUGCAAGAUGAGCUGCGGUUACUGCAAGUCACCACACGAUGUCCACUCCAGGAAAGAAUGCUUCGACGACAGCUCUCUAUGUAGUGAGUGGCAGCAGCUUGGUGAGUGUUACAACAACCCUGAAUACAUGAAAGAAACGUGCAGGAAGAGCUGUGGGGUCUGCCAAGAGACGGACAGGGACUAUGCCAUCGGUGACGGAGAGUGCCGUGAUCUUCACCCUCUGUGCCAUAUUUGGGCACGUCAUGACGUGUGCGAGAGCUACAACGAAUGGAUGAUUGAGAAUUGCGCCCUCAGUUGCUGGAGGUGUGCCAAUCAGAGCGGAGUCUUCGACGAACGAAUGAACGGGAACGAAACGUCAAUUAAAAAAGAUCGUAAACCGUACCGCCGUCAGAUUUGCAGGAACACAGAGAGAAAGUGUGCUAAAUGGGCAGAUGCUGGGCGAUGCACUAAAGAUCCUGAUUUCAUGUAUGAACGGUGCCUUAAGAGCUGUGGAAUGUGCAUUGAUGAACGUGUACGAGGAAUCCAAGGGUCAUCAUCAGCACGCUGUGAAGAUCGGUACAGCCUGUGCGACUAUUGGUCACAAGAGGGCGACUGUGACCACGACGAGGAGUGGAUGAAGUUCAAAUGUCCAAUCAGUUGCGGUUAUUGUCACGUUGCACCCGUGCCAACGACAGCAGCAUCGGUAUCGAGACACUCACAGUGUGAAGACAUUCUGAGCUCGUGUCCCCUCUGGGCUGAGAGCGGCGAAUGUGACGUUGCAACGGAGUACAUGCGCAAGAACUGCAAGAGGAGCUGCCGUGCAUGUGGAGUGGAUUUACAAGGGGUCCGGCAAGACUGCUCUGAUGUGUACAAACGUUGCCCAACCUGGGCUGCAGCCGGUGAGUGUGAGACUAACCCAAGGUGGCUGCACACCAACUGUCGUGAAAGCUGCAACCGCUGCCACGUGAGGAAGACUACAUCAGCGUGCGAAGAUAGGUACAGACGCUGCCAACGGCUAGCAGACGACGGGGCGUGUGAAGGGGAUCAUGAGACAGGCUGGAUGCGAACCAAUUGCCCCCGGAGUUGUGGGUUCUGUGGAGUGUACAACCGCCGGAGAGCCCCGGAGCUACCACCCUCGGUUAACUUCACAAUGUCGCAGGAUUUUAACGACACGGGAGAAUUUAAUGACACCGGAGAAUUUAAUGACACCGGAGGUGACUGCAGAGACUACCAUCCCCACUGUCCAAUCUGGUCUAAAACAGGCAACUGUCAAGUCAACUUGCAGUACAUGAGAAGUCAUUGCAGGAAAAGUUGCGGAUACUGCCCUACUUGUUUCGAUAAGAGCCCAGAUUGCCGAACAUGGGCCAAGCGAGGAGACUGUUUACAGAACCCAGCGGGACUCAAGAAACAGUGUGCACUGAGUUGUGGGAAUUGUGGCCGGGGCCCUAAAGCUUGCAUUGACACGUACAAGCAGUGUGCAAAAUGGGCCAAGCGUGGCUUCUGUCCAACCCACUCCCACUUUAUGCACAAGUUCUGUAAAGUCAGCUGCGAUGCCUGUGAUCUUGUUGUAGAGUCCACCACACCAGAACCGCCGAGGAAGAAUUCUCGUCCCAAAACACAAGCAAAGAAGAAAGGAAAGGGCGCGGCCCCAACGACAAGGAAGAAGCGCCCGAGACAGCCGACAACCACCACGACUCAUCGAAGACAAAGAGUAGUUAAAAAGAAACCUCGCAAGAAGCAAGCACGUCAGAACGCAGAUGAUAUAGCGCUAGACUAAAACAAAUCGUAAUAAUCUGAAAUAAUUAUUAAGAAUUUAGGAUUCCCCUCAUGAUUUCUAGAAAGUCUUUUUUUAAAUAUUAUUCCCUGUACGAUUUCUUUUUAAUCCAGGGGAAAGAGUUUUUUAAUAAGAAGAUGAUCUGAACAAAAUAAUCUUGCGGUCUCACUUUACCAUACACAGUUUUAUUGACGCAAUCGUCAAAAUGACUCCUUCGGUCACCCCAAAUAAUUUAUGGGUGCGUUCGUUUAGCUUCCCUGGGUCGACCCCGGUGUGUGACGGUUUUUUUUUCCAGGACGAACGUGUGC